AUGUCUGAUUUCAACACCAACGACGCUACGCCCACCCCCGCCGGAGAGAAGCAGACUCUCUCUGCUCGCGAGCAAGAGCUGCUGGGUAAGCUGAUCAGCUGCGUGAAGGCACCUAUUGAGGUGGAUUACGACAAGCUCGCCGCUGCCAUGGGCAUGAGCAACGUCCGCAGCGCCAGCAAUGCCUGGGGCAUCUUGAAGAAGAAACUCGGCAACCCCGACCUGCUGGGCACUCCUGCCAAGGAACCUAAGACUCCUGGCUCCAAGACUCCUCGCAAGCGCGCCGCUGCAAAGGCUCCCGCCAACGACGAUGACGAGAACGGCGAGGUCGAAACUCCGACCAAGAAGCGCAAGUCUGCUCGCGUCAAGGCCAACACCAAGGCUAAGCAGGAGGCUGAGCCUGAGGAGGACAACAACGCGGAUUCUGUGGAGGUCAAGACCUUGCAUGAGGAGGACGUUGACGAUGAGGCCUAA